AUGGAACCCUAUGACGAUGGCUACAUCGAGGAACAGGAGGAGCAGGAAGAAGAAAGAACUGACGAGAAGAUAAUCAACGAAGAGUACAAAACAUGGAAGAAAAAUGCGCCCUUUCUCUACGAUAUGAUUUUGAGCACAGCUCUAGAAUGGCCAACAUUGACUGUGCAAUGGCUUCCCGAUAAGCAAGAACACCCUGACAAACCCUACUCCACCCAUCGCCUGUUGUUGGGAACACACACAUCAAGCGAUGCCAAGAACUACUUGCAGAUUGCACACGUACAACUUCCUAAUCCUAACCACCCAGAAGCGGAAGACUACGAUGAAGAGCGCGGAGAAAUUGGCGGCUACGGUGGCAGCUCAAAAAAGAGCGCGAUGGAAGUGAAGUUCAAUAUCGUGCAAAAGAUUGACCAUAAGGGCGAAGUCAACAAGGCGAGAUACCAGCCUCAGAAUCCUAACAUCAUUGGGACAAUGUGCACAGACGGGAGAGUCAUGAUCUGGGAUCGGUCGAAGCAUUCCAGCGCCCCCUCGGGAACGGUGAAUCCCCAACUGGAACUGUUGGGCCACACAAAAGAAGGAUUCGGACUUAGUUGGAGCCCACAUUCAGAGGGCCACCUAGUUACAGGAAGCGAAGACAAAACAGUCCGUCUUUGGGAUCUAACUACAUACACGAAAGGCAACAAAGGAGUGAAGCCGACUCGCACAUACACAAACCAUUCUUCGAUCGUCAAUGAUGUUCAAUAUCACCCCCUCCACUCUUCUUUGAUUGGUACCGUCUCGGACGACAUCACUCUUCAGAUCAUCGACAUUCGUGAGGCCGACACAUCACGGGCGGCGGCCACGGCCGAGGGACAACAUAAGGAUGCUAUCAACGCGGUCGCUUUCAAUCCUGCUGCAGAGACGGUGUUGGCCACAGGUUCUGCUGAUAAAACCAUCGGCCUUUGGGAUUUGCGGAAUCUGAAAUCGAAAUUGCACGCUUUGGAGUGCCACAGCGAAUCCGUGACCUCCCUGUCUUGGCAUCCGUUCGAGGAAUCUGUGUUAGCCAGUGCUAGUUAUGACCGUAAGAUAAUGUUCUGGGAUCUGAGCCGAGCUGGGGAGGAGCAGACCGCCGAAGAUGCCCAAGACGGACCCCCUGAGCUGCUCUUCAUGCAUGGCGGACACACCAACCGGAUUUCCGACUUCAGCUGGAAUUUGAGUGAUCCAUGGGUUCUCUGCUCGGCGGCUGAGGACAAUCUGCUGCAGGUAUGGAAGGUAUCUGAUGCGAUUGUGGGCAAAGACUUGGAAGAUGUGCCGACGGAGGAACUUGAGGCAUGA